UGGACAGUAGUUCUGGAAAGGCGGGGUCAACAUAGACACUGCUUAGGACAGCUCGCGCAACUCGCCUCAGUCGAGUCAAGCAGAAUUUGCGUUUGGCGUGAUCGUGUUCAGACAGAUUUUCAUUGUUUAGCAUGAUCGACAUUUAUUAACCCGCAGUUUCACGACUGUGUAACCAACUGAGCGCUUAGAAGAAUAAAGUAGAAAAGCACCGCGUAGACGAGUCUGAAUUAGAUUUCUUGACAUUGUAGGGCAUCUAAACUUUGAGAAGGUGAUGUCAGUGUAGGAUUACUGUGUGCGAUGGAGACGAGCCGCUGUAAGAUCGUGGUGGUCGGAGACAUGCAGUGUGGAAAAACGGCUUUAUUACAUGUUUUUGCCAAGGACUCGUAUCCAGAGAAAUAUGUCCCAACAGUUUUUGAAAACUACACGGCUAGUUUUGAAAUCGACAAACAGCGAAUCGAGCUCACUAUGUGGGACACGUCAGAAGUGGGAAGUGGGAUAAUUCUGAUGGCAGCAUCACUUCACAAUCGUUCGGACUGGAUUUCUACCACACUACAGCUGAGGAACAGAGUUAAACUCGCAGUGUCAGCAUUACCGUUCAUCACUGCGACAUACGUAGGCUCCUCCUACUAUGAUAAUGUGCGUCCACUGGCCUAUACGGACUCAGACGCCAUUCUCAUCUGCUUUGACAUCAGUCGACCAGACACACUAGACAGUGUACUAAAAAAGUGGCUGGGCAAGAGUCAGGAGUUUUGUCCCAGUGCUAAAAUAGUGUUAGUGGGCUGUAAACUGGACAAGCGGACGGAUCUCCACACACUGCGAGAGCUUUCCAAACACACACUCAUACCAGUUACACAUGAACAGGGUGCGUCUCUGGCCAGGCAGAUUGGAGCAGUGGCGUACACAGAGUGCACGUCCAGAUACUCUGAAAACAGUGUUCGUGAUGUGUUUCAUGUAACUACAGUCGCCUCCGUCACCGGAAUACAACAUCCAGCUAUGAAGCGUUACAACUCUUGCCUCAAACAAGUUCCCCAGCAUCCUCAAUGCCAAGAGAUCCUGGACUGUCCAAAUGCCAUCCGGAAAGUCAGAUCCAAGAGCUGCACGCUGAUGUAGGACAUGAUGUAAACAGGCUUAUCUUAUUGUGCAACAAGUGCAUAAGGAACUUGUUUAGAGAUGCUGUUUAAAUUCUACCUGAUUGGGUGAUAUGCUUAUGAUGUCUUUUUAUGGGGACAUCUAAAGAUCUCAUGGAAGGACCAUAAAAAAAGAUUAAUUUUUAAAUAUUUAAGAUAAAAUAAUUACAUUUUUAAAGACCAUUAAAAGACAAUUGUGUGAUUGAAAGGAGGAUCUAACCUACAAUUACACUUUAUGCCCAGAGACACACUUUUUAUUUUUAUUUAAAUAUUAUGAAGUUUGCACAAUUAGGAAAUGCACAAACAUUUUAAGGAAACAUUUUAAUAAUUAAUGUAAAAAGAAUUAUUUUAUGUUUACCAACAUUUUAACACAAAAUAUUAAGCCUUUUUAAAUCUGUAAGAAGCAAUUAUUUGAGAUAUUUUAUGCUUUUGAUUUUAUUAGGAAAAAUAAUAUGGAAGAAUACUUCUAUGUACUUUGUUUAGCUUUUACAAGCAUUUGUGAUUGUUAACAGUAUUUUGGUCUUCCUGCAAUAAAGACAAAUCAAUACAUUAAUAUCAUUAUGACUUUUGACAUGUAUCAAAGAUAAAGGUGAGAAAGCAAAGUUGUUGUGUGUGAUA